AUGGACUAUAUCCUGCGACCCGUCACAUUGUUUUCCGGGAAAUCCGUAGAAGGAUUGGAAGUCGAAAACAUCAUGCGUCAUUUGGAAUGGGAAGACUUGGGAGUCAAGGUCGAUGGCCGCUUCCUACAUCACCUCCGCUUUGCAGACGACAUCGUGCUUAUAACACCGAACAUCGAGCAGGCGGAACGAAUGCUAGCCGAGUUUGAUAGUGCUUGUGGAAAGAUCGGUUUGAGGCUGAACCUAACAAAGACGAUGCUCAUGCGGAACGAAUUGGGACGUGAUGCUCCUUCCAAGUUGAACGGAACGAAUAUCUCUGAAUGCUCUAGUCGUGUAUGUCCAGGUCGGGAAGUCAAUAUGAUGAACGAUCUAGCUCCGGAGCUGAGCAGAAGGAAACGCGCAGAAUAG